UCGUAUCUUUUUCCGAUUCCAAUUCCGAUCCCAAUUUCUACGACGAAGAGGGUGGCGCGGGAGCUCCGCGGUCUCUGCUGCCCUCUCCUCUUCGCUCUGCUCUGCUCUGCUCACAUCCUAUCUUUUCAUCACGGAGAUUUUCUUCUCGUUUCUCGCGUCAGUUCCUCCGGACUCGAAGAUUGCUCACCGCCUUGAAAAGAUUCCGCUUUGAUGAGUUGCCGGACGAGAUCCCGCCUGCGGCGAAACCUUUAGUUCAGCCGUUCGGUCUCAGGUACUAAGUCACUGGUGCUCGAACCAAUGGGGGUUGCCAACUCAAAGAUUGAAGAAGAGAAGGCCCUUGUAUUAUGCAGAGAAAGGAAACGAUUUGUAAGACAUGCUAUAGAUGAAAGGUGUUUACUUGCCGAUUCUCAUUUUUCUUAUGUGCAGUCCCUCCGAACUACGGGAAUUGAACUUAGAAAAUUUGUAGAGCCUGAAUUCCCUGCUGAAUCUUCCAUUUAUACACCAACAGCAGCAGCAACACCUGAGCUUCUUGCUUUAACUGAAAAGUCAGUUUCCCACUUCUCUAACUCAUCUCCGUCUAUUUCACAACGUUUGGAGACGACCAAAUCAUUUUCUCCAGUUCCUUCUCCCUCCUCAUCUGGACGCAUUCAAAUAAACCAUAUGAAAUCAGGAAUAACUUCUGAUUUGGCAGUCAAGGCAAAGCUUCCUACUUCAUUAACAGUCACUCUAGAGUCUUCGAUUGAUACUCCAAAGCACAUCGUCUUGGAGCUUGAUGAAACUUCAUCCUUUGAAUACCCACCAACACCUCCUGCAGCACAACCAUGGGAUUAUUUUGGUCUUUUCCAUCCCACCGACAGCCAACUUUCCUAUAAAAGUGGGGGAGGAUUAAAUCAUGGUUUUGAUAAUGCUGAUGAAAUUAGACAUCUAAAGGAAGAGGAGGACAUACUGGAAGAAGAUGGAGACAGAGCUUCUACAAAUGAAAAAAAUGACCUAGAGUCAGAAGAUGAUUUUGAUCAACCAACCAAAGAACCCUUGGUACAAAUUUACAAAAACAGAAAUGUCAUUUUGGAACAACAAUUAAGAAGUGAGUUUCCAGUCAUACAGCCUACAAAAGACAUUGUUUCCAAAGCUAAUCAUCAGGAUGGGGACAAUGUGAAGCACACAAAUGGUAUAUCUGAGACUUAUGAAACUCCUGAAACAACCCCGACAAAAGCAGCACCUCAUGUGGCUGUCUUUCCUAUUAAUGGGAAGACCACAAAGUCUGAACCAGAAACUAAUCAUGAGACGAGAGAUUUUGUGACAUGCAUAAAAGAAAUUGAAGAGCUAUUUCUGAAAGCUUCUGAAUCUGGAACUGAAGUUCCUAGGAUGCUGGAGGCAAACAAAAUGCAGUUUCGGCCUCUAGUUCCGAAAGAAAGAGCUUACAAAUCAAAGGCAUCUGUAUUCCUCACAACCUGUUUCACUUGUUGUACAGAAGAAGCACCUCAUCGUCCAAUUGCUGCUGAAAAUGAUAUGAAGUACAUAACAUGGCCUAGGUCAAUGUCAUCACUCUCCUCAUCAUCUAGGAAAUUUGUUGGCCCUACAGUGAGCAAUGAUAUUGAUGAGCUGGGAAGCAAUAUCUUCCAUUCAUACAUGAAUUCAGGUAGCCAUGCCUCGACAUUAGAUAGGUUAUAUGCAUGGGAGAGAAAGCUUUAUGAUGAAGUCAAGGCAAGCGGUGUCAUACGAAGGGAGUAUGACAUGAAGUGUAAGCUGUUGAGACAUAAAGAGUCUGUAGAAGAUAAUCCAAUAAAAAUUGAUAAAAUCCGUUCUUCCGUUAAGGACCUUCACUCAAGAAUUCGUGUCGCUAUCCAGAGAAUCGAUUCAAUAUCAAAGAAAAUCGAGGAAAUAAGGGAUAAGGAGCUUCAACCACAGCUGGAGGAGUUAAUUGGAGGCUUAAUUAGAAUGUGGAGAAUGAUGCUCGACUAUCAUGGCCGCCAAUACGACAUUCUAUUAUUAGCUACCAACAAUGGAACCACUAAAAUUUCAGUUCGAUCGGAACCACAACACCAUGCUAUGAUUCUUGUGCAUGAAUGGAAUUCUUUGAGUUCAAAUUUCUCACAGUGGAUGGCAGCACACAAAUCAUACCUUACUGCCAUCAAUGGUUGGCUACGGCAGUGCAUCGACUACUCACUAAAACAUAGCAGGUCAGCCAGGAACAGGCGCCAACAGUUCUCUCCAACACGAUACAUACCUCCGCCAAUCUUUGUGACUUGCAAAAAUUGGUUGCUUCUGCUACCAGAUCUUCCUGUCAAAGAAGUGGUCUCUUCAAUAAAAGAUCUUGUGAACGUGAUCUCGCAUUUCUUGCCUAGCCAAGAGAGUCAUGGUACUUCAAAGUCAUCCUUCUCGUUACCACACAAGGCAGUACAAAACAGAUUCAGAGAAAAUAAUCACUCAAAUCCAUCCUCCGUCGAUUGGAAUCUAAACUAUGAUCAACUACAAUCAGCUCUCACAAUCUUCCUAGAUAGGCUGAAGACUUUUGCAGAGUUGUCAGUUACAAAGUAUGAAGAACUACAAACCUCAGUCAAGCUGGCUCGAGAUAAUUACGAAAGUAGUCAGUUUAGAUCGUGAAGUUGGUAGGAGCAAGCUGCACAAAUCCUUUGGAGAAGCGUCAUUGGUAAUUAAUUCUUUAAAUAAGUUAAUUGGUAGUCUGAUGCCUUCAAGUAUAUAGCAAGUUUAUUUUGCCUUCGACUAUUUAUUUACCUUUUUAUUCUGUUGCCUUAUAGCUUAGAAUAUUACAUUUUACCUUAGUUUGCAAAAUAAAAAUAAAAUCUCUCUCUCUUUUUUUUUUGUCAACACAUAAUAGAGAGAGCACUGUUGUGAGAGUUCAGAAAGGCAAACUGUGAUUUUACCUUAUAUUUUGCUCGACGAAUUCUCAAAUCUAAAAUAAUUUUGUUUCUCA